CGCAUUCGUGCUCAGAUGAAUACCCGGCUUAACGCGAUAAAACCCUGGCGAACGUAAAACGAUGUUCGCUGGUGGCAGAAAGGCAGAGACGAGUGGGAUCGGAGCUCGUUUCGAUAACGUUAAUUAUCAUCGACCGGCCGGCCGUGCCUCUGCUCUGACGAGGAGCAGCCGCCAACUACGUAAAUGAAACAGUAUUUUCGUUGAAUCGACGUCGAUGCGAUAAACGGAGCGUGUGCCACGUACAAACGCCGCCCAUAAAGCGACGCAAGGCUGGCAGACCGGGCCGCAUAAUUUCGCCUGGCACCGCGAGACAUUGGGAUCGAGAAUUAGCAUUGUAACGGCAUUAUACAGAGCGUUCUGGCGAGCGUCCAAAGGCACCGAGAACCCUUCACAGAGGCGGAGGCACACGCCGCCGGGUGGAAGAGAGGCCGAACAGAAUGCAAAGCUCGAUAUCGCGUCAUCGAACUUCCUUGCCCACCCGACUACCCACUUCUCGGUGCCUUUCUUCACUCUCUUCUUGUUCUUAUUUCGUCAUCGUUCCGACGCUGCUCGAUCUCCCGCGGAUUCUCCGAACUGUCAAUGUUUCACCUGUUCUAUCUCGCGUCGCGUGGGUCCAGAAAUCUGAUAACCACUUUCGUUUUAUCAGUAAUGGAACGCUCUAUUCUUCUCCGCGCAUUCUACUCGAAAGGUGCGUCUGUCUGUUGGAAGAUUCGAUGGCUCGCAGCGUCGGAGAUCGCAAGGAUCUUGUGUUUUGCGCCGUUCUAAUUUUUCGUUACAAUUCGCACGAACGUAUAAUCGUAACUGAAGGAUUCAUCGCGGCACGUCGAGCGUCGCUCCGACCUACAUAAAGUUAAACGUGGAAUUCCUGUUGGAUGAAUCGAGUGGUCGCGUUCAACGAGAGGUCGAAGCCACCAAAAUAAACGAAGGGUAUAACUGUAAAGGCGAUCGUCCAGUCGCUUCCGCGUGACAUCACCGUCGAGCGUGGACGAGUCACGACGAACAAGGAGACGGUGUAAUCGGCUAUGUGACCAUAACUGGCGAAAUUAAUUAUGCGACAAUGAGUACACUGAUAAAUCGAUCAUUCGUUCCUGUAAAUAUGUACGAUAGAAACUGAAGUAGCUGACGAAAACCGAGUUACAGCGAGAAAUGAUCGCGCUGCCAUUGAGCCAGAGCAUGAGCCGAGAUCGAUGCCGAUUCGUUCUGAGGAAACGCUCCGAAACUGUACUUUCCGUGAACGACGAGUCGACGGGGAAACGGAAUCCUUCUCUCCGAUCGGGCAUAAUUUAUGAUCGGUGAGAAGGAUUCCGUUGACGUCUUUACGAAAAACCGUACCUUCCUCGGUCGAAGCGCGUGUUUCAUGGGAAACGCGAACGUCUCUUCCCGGUAACUCCGUCACCGUCGUAACAAAUCCUGGACAGUGAGCGUGAUCGAAUCGAAAGGAUCGAAUCGCAGAACGAGAUCACGAAGCGAAAAGCGGAAUCGGAAAGAAACGUCUAAUCGGGAACAUUGUCACGCCGAUUCUUGUCCGAUCCGAACGAACGGGAUUAUGCCUGUUUUCCCAUUCAGAGCCGAUCCGAUCCGCUCGAGGAGGCAGCGGGCGUCAACGCGGCAACGGAAGCACUCGGCCAGAAAUGUCGUCGGCGAGGCCGUGAUUCAUCGUCUUCGGUAAGAAGGUAGAAGCCGAGGUGGGACCCGAAGUGGCGGAGAACGCAGAAGAAGAAGAAGAAGAAGAAGAAGAAGAAGAAGAAGAAGAAGAAAUGGCGUCGACCAGCGGGCACAAGAGGAACGGCUCGAGCUCGAGCAUGUUCGGCCACAGACGCACCGAGUCUGGCGGCGGCUUCAUCGGCCACAAACGUUCGGAGAGCGGUCACAAACGCGCCGAGAGCAUAUCCAGUGCCUUUGGCCACAAACGAUCCGAGAGUGGCCACAAGAGGAACGAGAGCACCGGCGGCGGUUUCGGUCACAAAAGGUCUGAGUCCGGCAGCAAUUACCAUGCCGGACACCGAAGGAACGAAAGCAUGUACGCUAUGACAGGACUGUACGCGGAGAGUGCGGCCACGGCGACCGAUGAAGCCACAGACCCGUUGCAGGCGACCGGUAGCAGACUGACUCAUGACACCGUCAUCAGGUGUCACAGUAGAAAUCCCAGUUCUGGCCUCGUGGACCACAGAGAUUUCAUCAUCAAAUGUCACAGCAGGAAUCCCAGCGCUUCCAUGGUCGACAGGACGGAGAAGGAACGACCUCAGACUCCACCGUUUAAUCCGGAUUCGAAGGACUGUGGAAUUCUGAGCUGUAGGCCAGCCUUCGUACAAAGAUUCGCCGGGAUAAAGGUGUUCGUGUUCCUCCUGUCAUUUCUCGUCACGCUGCAGCAGGCACUCAGUUCAGGCUACAUAAAUUCUGUGAUCACGACGAUAGAGAAAAGGUUCGAAAUCCCGUCCAGCCUUUCGGGCGUCAUCGCUAGCUCCUACGAAAUCGGAAACGUCAUCACCGUCAUCUUCGUCAGCUAUCUCGGUAGCCGCAGACACAUACCCGUCUGGAUAGCGAUCGGCGCCGUCAUAAUGGGGCUGGGAUCGAUGAUCUUCAUGGUGCCACAUUUUACGGCCGAGCCCAACCUGAUGACGGCCGCGAACAAUUCCAGCUCGGACAACAUCUGCCGCGGCAUUUCGUUACGCGAACAAGACAUGGGAUUGGGUCGUUUGUCGUCUGGAUUGUCGUCUCCACCCCUGGCUCCGCACAACAAUUUAAGAGGCGACAACUGCAUUCAAGGAUCUCCGUCCAACGCUGGUCCUGUCAUGUUAUUCGUACUCGCUCAGUUGCUGUUAGGCUGUGGCGGUUCUCCCCUGUUUACUCUCGGUACUACUUACAUAGACGAUCAUGUACGACCGGAAAGCGCUUCUCUGUAUAUCGGUUGCAUGUACAGCAUGGCAGCUUUCGGGCCGGUGUUAGGUUUCCUCCUAGGAGCUUAUCUGUUGUCGUUUCACAUGGACUCCUUUACCGCGACGAUCAUCAGUAUAGACCCAGGCGAUCACAGAUGGGUCGGCAUGUGGUGGGGCGGGUUCCUGCUCUGUGGCUUGCUCCUGAUACUAGUGGCAGUUCCAUUCUUCAGUUUCCCGAAAACGCUUCAAAGGGAGAAAGAGAAAAUACGAAUCAUCGAGAAGGCCAAAGCGCAAAAGGAGAAGGAGCAAUGCAAAGAGCCGAAGAAGGAAAAGCUCGACGACAGCGGUUACGGGAAGGACGUGAAAGAUAUUCCGAGGAGCAUGUGGAGACUGGUGUGUAAUCCGGUAUACGUCGUAACGUGCCUGGGAGCUUGCAUGGAAUUGGUGAUCGUCUCUGGAUUCGUGGUUUUCCUACCGAAGUAUCUGGAGACCCAGUUCAGCCUGGGUAAGAGCCAGGCUAGCGUGUUCACCGGUUCUAUAGCGAUACCGGGUGCUUGCAUCGGGAUCUUCUUCGGUGGAUGUUUGCUCAAACGCUUAGAAUUAAGACCGAAGGGUGCCGUUCAGUUCGUGCUCGUCUCGAACGUGAUAUGUCUGGUCUGCUACGGCCUCCUGUUCUUCCUCGGUUGCGACAACGUGAAGAUGGCUGGGACCACUAUACCGUACUUCAACAGCAGCACGAAGGGCCCGGAACCCUUUCAAGUAAAUCUCACUGCCGCGUGCAACUUCGGUUGCGAAUGCCGAAUGACGGACGUCGAGCCGGUCUGCGGGAACAACGGUCUCACGUACUUCAGUCCUUGUCACGCAGGCUGCACUGCCUUCAGUUCCAAAUCCAACUUUACUAACUGUGCAUGUAUACAUGGGAACUUGACGAUGUUGCCACCGGCGGCCCCGGAAUUCGCAGAAGUGACGGUGGUUCCAGUGGCUACCGCUGGCCCGUGCAUUUCGCCGUGUAGGACCAUAUUCCCUUUCUUAAUACUACUUUUUUUCAUGACGUUCAUCGUUGCCGUAACUCAGAUGCCUCUGCUAAUGAUAGUUUUACGGUCUGUCUCUGAAGAGGAACGAUCGUUCGCUUUAGGCAUGCAGUUCGUGAUUUUUCGGCUCUUCGGUUACAUACCCGCUCCCAUUUUAUUUGGCAACUUGAUCGACUCCACGUGCUUGCUGUGGAAAAGCACCUGCGGCGAAAAAGGUGGACGUUGUCUACUUUACGACAUCGAACAAUUUAGAUACAGAUACGUCGGACUUUGCGCUGGCAUUAAAAUACUGGCUUUGGCACUGUUCCUCAUUGACUGGUGGUUAGUGAGAAGGAGAAGACAGAUGGAAGACCAAGCGCCGUCUUUCACCGUCAACGAAUUCGUCGGGUCGAUCAUCAGCCUCGACAAAUUGUUCGAGGAGAAGCCGCAUCUGCACAACGCAGGAGAGGGCGACGGCGCUCCUCCGAAUUCCGAGACGUCGACACCGUCGUCGGUUUCGUCGCCUACGGAACCUACGAAAUCGACGAACCUGGAGGACACUGCUUCGUCGAAUCAGACGCAGGACUCGACGGACAAUCGUUCGAAGACGGACGUCGACGUUCCCGACACUAGGCAAGCGCCGCUUGCCGCGGAAGAGCCGGACACGGAGGUAAAGCCAUUGACCGGUAAACCGGACAAGCAUGUACGGAACGUUUAAUGUUCAGCCGGUGUUAAAAGCUGUACGCAGCCGAAUUAUCAUUGUCCAAGUGGUGACAACGUGAGCCUGUGGCAAAUUGUUUUUCUGCCACGGGUGAGCUGAUACGGCGCGAAAACGAAUGUGGUAGAUACGAGAUAGGUACGUCGUCGAUUUGCGUGCAAUCGUAAACAGAAGGUGAAACAGUGUUACGAACGGUAUCGAACGAUGGACGGAAUGGGUAUUCCGUACGCAUUAUGUGGUGCUGACACACUGAUCGAAAGUCGAACAAUUUAUCUUAUAUCGUUCCGUGUAUCGUCGGGUAACAAAUUCAAAUUGCGUUGAAGAUAUCGAGUGAACUUUUCCAAACGCCGCGUUAUAAUAUAUUGUUGCAUAGACACAGGGGAGCCGAAAAUAUUUUUACAAAUGAUCAUAUUCGCGCGGGGAGGGAUUAUCGUUUGUCGUACGAAAUGAUUUGCCACAGGUUCGUCCGUUUGGCUAUUUUUAGGAAAACUAAUAUCACUAGGGUGUACAUUUUUACGGUGACGCGAAUAUAUGUAUACAUAUGUCAAUAAUGAACAGAAACGUAAAUGGGUGGUGGAAGGUAUAUACGGACUCGCUUCAGACAGACGUCUCGUAGGAGCUUGAAUCGUUCAGAGAUUUCCUUUGUCUGAAACGAGUUUCCCCUCGCCUCGGUAAACGAACCUCGGACGUUUAAGAAAGAGAAAAAAGAAAAAAAACGGGGCGGAGUGAGAAGAGACAGAGUAGAAACGAACGAAAGGCCAACAAGGACAAAAUUGUAUAUAUAAAAAUUCCUGCCUUAAGAAAUACAAGACUAGACAAACGUAUAUUUAAAGAUAAUUAAGUGAUAGAGUUAACUAUCUAUGAUAAAUAAUAUCGUUACAAUUGCAGAUCGAGAGCUGCAAUUUAUUUUAUAACUAUAGUUGUUAGGCUUUCUCAGAAUUAAUAAACAGAUGGUAGUCAAUUUAAAGUAGCGAUGUAAAGAAAAAAAGAACACACGUACACACGCGAAUGAGAAUGAACAGCGUUGACUCCUUUAUAGAGUUAUUUUAAAACUUCGCAUUAGCGCGUAUAUUUUAUCGGUAUAAUUUUUGGAUUCCCCAGAAGGUGAGCCGUACAGUCGAUGAAGAGAAUAAUUACGCUUCUUUCAACGAAGCAACGUCCUGAUCUCUCACGUUUUUUUCUUCUCUAAAUAUCAUUUCAUCGGCGACACUUGCUGUUUUCAAAACUUUCACGGAACAUUGACGUUACUCGUUCGAAUUAAGAAUACAAAAACGAAAACGUUCCUGCAAGCUUCUGAACGCAGGCGUCGCGACGAUCAAUUGCAGUUAUAUUUGAACGCGUAACAAAAUUCGUUUGGCUCACGAUAUUACACCGCGUAGCUCACUCGUUAGGGAACGGGCAAGCCUACUCGUUGUUUUGUACCUGAAAGCCUCUCGUAUCCGAUUUCGAUGCAACAAAGAAAGAGAAAGAUGAAGGAAGGAAGGAAGGAAGGAGGGAGGUAGGUAAGGAAGUAUAUAAACCUCAGGAAAAAGAAACGUUAUUAAAUCGUGACACGCACCUUUGAUUGACUCGCGGUCGAAAUAAGUCUAUUAAAGAAGACGCGGAUACGAAUACCUAUCAGUGCAAAGAGGAAUGAAAUCCUAGCUUAAGGAACGAACAAAUUCACUCCUUUCAGCUCCGAUUAAAGCGAGAACGAGAGGAGAUAAUUAAGGGAAUUUUACAAAAACGAAUAUUGUAUAGAGCACAGCCUGUUUUUCUCUAUCGCUUCGGGUACGAAACCGUUUUACGGACGCUUCUGUGAAAUUUCAAAGUUUGAAACGUCGGAAGAUGGCAUUAAUUUUACUGUCUCGAACAAAACAAGAAGAACCUAUUAUGCUGACGCAGCGUUUACUUACGUCAAAGGAAUGAAAUACUUAUCUCUGUACAUGUACGAAAUGUAUCUCGCACGCUGUUUGGCCCGUCACUGUCAAUUUUUCGAAGUGUAGUCACGUACACGCUAACUAUACAUAUAUACAUAUAAACAUAAAUAUAUACAUAUAUUAUAUUUUAGAGGCGAUUUUGAUGUUUGCGAACCAUUGAACCGUCCGCGAGGCAGUGUCGUUCGAAACGUUCUCGAGGCCGUGAUGAUCUCUUCUCCUAACUACGAUUAAUUAUUGCGAAGCAACUUACGUAUUAACUAACUAUUACCUACUUUGUGAUAUGAAUCUUUCUGUCGAACGAUGGGCGGCCUCGCCGGACGGAUCUCUCGUAUACACGUUGGAUUGAAUGCGAGACAAAAAAAAGGGGAAAAUGUGCUGUGAAUAGAAUUGAACAGAGGCGACAGAGAAGCGGGAAGAAAUGCGCAGGAGAUGAAGAACACGCGUCGAGUCGAAUCGAAUUCAAUUUGCUCGCGCGUCGGCAGGGACGAAAGGGUCGUCCGAUGGUUGAAACGAGUGAAAAGAAAGAAUUUACGAUCGCGUCUUGUCGAGAUAUACUGCGAUUAUUGUACAUAGAGAAGUAACGAUAGUUAGAGUGAUUUAUAAUGAGCAAUCGAGAAGGAGAGAAAACGUGGUGUGUUAUGAUUAUAUAUAUAUAUAUAUAUA